AUGAUGCAAGGUCCUGUCCGGGCCGAACUAACCGUCUGGUCUAAUACGGGAUGGCAAGCCUUAGGUCGGUCCAUAUGGGAAGGGCACUCUCGGAUAGUCGGACCGAAAUGCUUAAUGAGUUUUUGGGAAUUGGUCUGUCCGUUCUUGAGUGUUGCGGUAGCGCUCCCUUGCGGUGAGAUUUCACUGUAUGAUCGGAGGCGUUACAAGGCAAUAUUUAGGUGGAUGCCGCCGAGGAGACUCAUGAGGGGUGGGCUUCGGCUAGUAGUAGUGGAUCCGUCAGAUAGUGAGGAUUUGUGUCGGUCGGGUGUGGUGAACCGCACGUUUGUGCCUAUCGAGCCAGUGGAUUUGGAGUAUGAGCCAAAAGAAGACCCAGAGGAGGAUCCGGAGGAAGACCCGGAGGAACCCACAGAGGUGGAACGGGAACCAGACGAGCCUCGAUUUAAUCUGAUGCAUCACGGAUUGGGGGCAUACGGAGUUGAACGAAAGGUGAACCUUGAAGCGGAACAUGAGGAAGAUUACAUGGAGGAUCCAGAUUCAGAUGUUCGUGCGUUCGUGCCACCAUCGCUGUCUGUCAUGGCACCAAACUCUCCAUUGAUCAUCGAGAUCUCUUCAGAUAGUCCUGCCCAAGUGGAGUCCCUGAUUCUGAUGCCUCCGCUUCCCGGUCAGCGUGUGCCCACACUCGCUGACUUAUCACCGUAUCAUCAGGAGAAACUCAAAGAGACAACUCAGAGCAUUAGUGAGUACUGGAAUGCGUACUGGGGAGUGGACGUACCGAAGACUGAGAGUCCGUUGCACACAUAA